UCUUUCAAUUCAUAGAGAAGAGAACUGUCUCUUUCUCUUAUUUAUGAAUAUUGAGAUUCACCAUUCCUUUUUUUAAGGUAAAUACAGCGUUUCAGGAACAUUUUGGCCUCUCUUUUCUGCGUCAAUUUGUUACGUUUAGUCGUUCUAAAUUUAGGAUAUGAGAAUUGGAAUUUAGCUAUAUUCUUAGAGGUUAUUAGUUUUCCUAAACCGAGUAUAGGCUUUGCUUUCGUGGGGUUCUGUUUUUGGAACUUGAUUCAAUUCUACAAAGGUGGAAAUCCAUUGGUAGAGAUUUUCUGAGGUUGAUUGUGAGUUCAUAAUUCUCCCCUCAUUGAGAAUGGGUUUCUUCCAUUUUUCAGGGCCGUGCACCCACGAGGAUGCAUUUGCUUAAUGAUCAUAGUAGUUUUUCUACGUUUUUGAUGUUCAAGUUUUAGAAGAAAAAGACAAAAAUUAUAUGGCAUCUUCACAGGUUGAGAUUGCUUCGUCUGCGCCAUUUGGUUGUGUCUUGAAAGAUCAUAACCGGCGAGAACGAUGCAGCAGAGAUGCCAUUCCCAAGGCUGCUGCUUCUACACAGGCUGCUUUCCAGAAGAAUCUCAAGGAAUUGGUCAGAGAUCAUCUCCAUACUUGCAUUUCUAUUUCCUCCGAUGAGAAUUCCCAGAAUAAUGGAAAUAACAACAACAGUAAUAACGAUGCCACCGAUCAUCAUCAUCAUCCUCGUCAGCAGUUUAGAUGUUUGACGAAUCACCAAGAGGAUAUUACUAAAAACGUUGAUGGGUCUUCAUUGAUAGGCUGCAAGCAUGAAAGGACUCUGGAUCGCUGGGCUGCUAAGCAGGCUCAAGAAAUGGUUUCAUCGAUUGAAAGUCAUAGUCAGGAGGCUGAAUUAUUGAUUGCAUCGCAGAAAACUUCAUCUUCUGCUGUUGAAAAUUCUCAUACCUCUCGAAACUCUGUUGUUCAACCUGAAAGUUCGUCUGGAAGCUCGAAUCUUGGAGCUUCUUCGCUGGUGCAAAUAUGGGAAGCAAGGCUAAGUCGACCAGAACCGAAAAUGGACCGAUCAAAUAGCAUGAAGAACAAUCAAAACACAGCACCAGGUCCUAGUAGGACAGUUAGUAGGACAAGUUCUGGAUCUAGCUUCGCUGAAAUCAUAUCAUCCUCAGUAGAAGAACCACCAAGACCAUCUGAUAUACUAGAACCACCACCAAGACGAUCUGAUAUAAUAGAAGAACCACCAAGACGAUCUGAUACAGUAGAAGAACCACCAAGACGAUCUGAUAUAAUAGAAGAACCACCAAGACAAUCUGAUAUUGUAGACUCUGCUGCACAUGAGGAACCAUUGGCAGAUUGGGACUCAACUGCACAGAGUUCACGUUCCUCAAAUGUCAGAAGCUCAGAUGCAGGAGAGAAGGAGAAAGUUAAAAUUGCAGAUAUCAUAAAGAGGCUAACCUCUGAGAGCCAUGAUCAAGAGCAGGGGAAUAGUGGUGGUGAUCCGCCAAAUCGUAGACAUUCCUAUGGUUCUGAUCUCGUAGAGCUGAAAGCCCUUUCACAUAUUAUAAAUUCACCAAAGAUAAGAGGGAGACAAGCCUACAACGACUUGCUCUUGCAAAUGGUGCAAGAGAGGCAGCGAGAGCUCGUCUCACUCGCAGAACGCCAAUCUGUUUCAAAAUUCCACCAACGUGGACGCAUUCAGUCCAUUCUUCGAUUGAGAUGCCUGCAACGAGGAACGGCAAUUCAAGAACAACGAUCACAUUCAGUUCAAUCCACAGUAGCAUCCGAUGCUAAUAGAUCACACCAAAGCGCUACCAUCAUGCAUCUGAGGGAGAUAUUUACUGCUGGGGUUGAACAAGUUAGAAGUAGCGCAAAUGAUGGAGCGGCUACUGACGGAAGUUCUAAUGAUACUGCAAACAACAUUGUCGAUAAUGGGAAUCCUUCCACUGUCCAUCAUGUCACUGAGGACAGUCAUCACCAAGACACUUCUACUACUACUACUGCAACUGAAACUGCAACCGCAACCGCAACUGCAACUGCAACUGCAACAGCUGCUGCUGCUGAGGAGCAGGUUGCACCCCCAGCUGACAACUCCUUUUCACGGACAAGUGAAAUCCAUGAAGAUGAUGUUCAUGAAAAUAGUAGUGCAACAUCAGAUGUUACAUGGGAAGGAACGUGUUCAGAGGGUAACAAUUUUGACCCAGGAGAAGUUUUAGAAUCUGCACAAUCCUCGAAUAACUGGGAUGGGAAUGAGAUGAAUGAUGAAGAGAGUGUUGUGCAUCAUAAUUUCGAGGAAAGUAAUGAUAAUUGGUUCGCUGAUAUAGCUCGCCCACGAAGUUAUUGGGAAGAUAGAAGGCAAGCUUGGUAUCAGGAGAUGCUUUCUACAAGCUCAGAGAACAAUGAAAUAAGGCAGCUCCUUGAAAGAAGAGCAGUAUCGACUUGUCUUUCAAGUGACUUUAAAGAGAAAAUGGAUCGUUUGAUGGUCUCUCGUGUGCGAAUACAAGCUGAUUGUGACGAACAAUUAGACGAGGAAAGCCAGGAGAGAAUGGGACAGUUGUUGCUGUCUUUCUUCCAAAGGCACUCGUCAAGUGAAUCAGGCAGUUCAGAAGAAGAAAUUCAAGAAGCUGAUGAAGAAGGCAGAGAAGGAGGAGAAGAGGCUGAUGAAGAAGAGUAUGCAGAAGGAGGACGAUUACUACAAGUUCAUGAAGAAGAAAGCUCGCCCUCAAUAAAUUCUCCAUCCCAAUUCAGGUCAUGGAAUUACAGCGAUCAUCAUGAAGUUGCUGAUGAUUCUGAACAGCUUCCAACUGCACCUUCACAGCCAAUCCUUCCAUCUGAAUCUUCCAAUCAGGAUAGGGGACUCUUCUCCCCCGCAAUCAAUUCAUCAAUGGGAAUGGAGCUAAUAUACAAUUUAAGAGGGCAUAUGGAGCAACUUCAGCUCGAAAUUUCUGAGCUCAGAAGAUCGAUGCAGACAUGCAUGGCAGUGCAAGCUAAAUUACUGAACUCCUUUAAGCAGGAAGUACAUCCAGUUCCAGAGGCAACAAUGAAUUCAAUCGAUAUGGCAACAAAGAGACGCAUUUGCUGUAUCUGCUAUGAAAUGCAGGUCGACUCAUUUUUGUAUAGAUGUGGGCAUAUGUGCACUUGUCUCAAGUGUGCUCAUGAACUGCAAUGGAGUAGUGGAAAAUGUCCAAUAUGUCGAGCUCCAAUACUGGAUGUUGUGCGGGCAUAUAUGGAUUCAUAAAGUAUCAGCGAACGAGUUCUUGCUCUAGAGGACCAUCUUUUUUCAUAUAACUCAACUCAGUUUAACCAUGAAAUGGAAAAAAUGACUCAUGAUUUUUAUUUCUAUUCUUCCUUUACCUGAUUUGAUUACUAAUACCAUAUAGUCUUUGUACAUUUUCAGUAAUUUUUUUACCAAAAGAAACCGAUUUAUGUUUCUCCUUUCCACAUAUACGCUGUAUAUGAUUUUUUUUAGGAGUAACAACAUACACUCUCUGUUCAUAUUUCAAUUUAUCAGAGGUUUCAACUCAUUCUGUGUUUCUGUAUCUAAUAUCUCAAUGAUCAUAUUGUAACAGACUUUUGUAAAGAUUGAGGUUCAUGUCUAUUAUAU